AUGCGCAAGGCGGGAGCUGGGCGAGGGGUGGAUUUUUGGGACGGGUCGCAGCUCGGCGGGGUUUCGGCUGCUCCGUCUCCCCUAGGGUUAUCGGGGGAUUACGCGGACACCACUGCCAGGCUGGAGGAGAAGCUCGCCCAUGUCAAGAAGUAUGAGACGGUGACACCACACAAGGUGCUGGCAGCUCGAGGGAAGAGGGACUUCUCUGCACCACCAAGCACCUACCCAGAUCGUGUCCUCUACAGCGUCCGUGCUGAAGGCAGAGACUACCUGCUGCGGCUGGAGAAGAACAAGGAGCUGCUGGGACAGCACUACACUGAGACGCAUUACUCAGCUGAUGGCACAGAGAUCACGGAGAAGCCGGACAUUCAGGAUCACUGUUUUUAUCAGGGCAGUGUGCAAGGAUAUGCCGACUCAGCAGUGAGCAUCAGCACCUGCAGUGGGCUCAGAGGGUUUUACCGAGUGAAUGACACCACCUUCCUGCUGGAGCCUCUGGAGGAGGAUGCGGCUGGCCGGCAUGCAGUGUACAGAGCAGCUCACCUGCAAGGGAAACAUGGCACGUGCCGAGAGUCUGCUGCCACCCUGGAAUAUGACCACGAACCGAAAAUUCCUGCAGCCAUGAAGCUCUACCGCUGGAAAUCAGCUCCGUUACACAAAGAUCCCCGAUAUGUGGAGCUGGUCUUGGUCGUGGACAACGAGGAGUUCAGGAAACACAAAGACUUGCGCACAGUGCAGAACCGCAUGAAGGAAAUCGUGAACCACGUUGACAAGCUUUAUCAGCCUCUUCACCUGCGGGUGGCCUUGAUCGGCUUGGAGGUGUGGAGCCACAAGGACAAAAUCGUGGUCAGUCCCAACCCAGAGGUGACGCUGGACAACUUCCUCCACUGGCGGGAGGCAGAGCUGCUGCGGAGGAAGCCGCAUGACAAUGCCCAGCUGAUCACGGGUAUAGACUUCCAUGGCACGACCGUAGGGCUCGCCAAGAAGCUUGUGAUGUGCACCAGGGACUCGGCUGGUGUCAACCAGGACCACAGCAUGAAUCCUAUCGGUGCUGCAUCCACCAUGGCUCAUGAGAUGGGGCAUAACUUGGGGAUGUCUCAUGAUGAAGACAUUGCUGGCUGCCGCUGUCCUGUCCCCAAAGCUGAUGGCGGAUGUGUCAUGGCAGCGAGUGUUGGCUUGGUGUACCCCAAGCUCUUCAGCCGCUGCAGUGAGCAGGACAUGUGGCAGUUCCUCGGGGACCCCAGGACCAGUUGCCUGCUAAACGUCCCCAGGGCGGAUGAGCUGUAUGGGGGGCCGGUGUGCGGGAACCAGUUUGUGGAGCGGGGAGAGCAGUGCGACUGUGGUACACCAGAGGAGUGCUCCGACCGCUGCUGCAACGCCACCACUUGCCGGCUGAGAGAGGGAGCUGAGUGUGCCCGGGGGGACUGCUGCCAGGACUGCAAGGUGAAGGCUGCCGGUGUGCUCUGCCGGGCCAGCAAGAACGACUGCGACCUGCCUGAGCACUGCACUGGCCUCAGUGCCGAGUGCCCAGAGGAUGUCUUCCAGGAGAAUGGCAUCUCCUGCCAGAACGGCAAUGGCUACUGCUACAACGGGGCCUGCCCCUCGCACAGUGAGCAGUGCCGCACGCUCUGGGGCGCAGAGGCCCAGGUGGCUCCUGAUGUCUGCUUUAAGCACAACAGCGAGCAACACCUUCACCUCCACUGCCUCACUGAGUAUGGAAAGCGGCCCUGCAGCCCCAAGGAUGUGAAGUGCGGCACGCUGCUGUGCCUGAGUGACAAUGCCAGCCCCGUCCUUGGUGGUGGCUCCUACUCCCUCUUCUUUGGCCGCUUCAAGUGCAAGGCAGUCAUCGCCAGCAACGAUGCCAACGAGGUGGUGGCCAAGCUCAGGCUGGUGCCCACUGGCGCCAAGUGUGGAGAGGAGAUGGUCUGCUACGCUGGGCGCUGCCAGAACCUACUGGUCUACGGCAACAAGAACUGCUCAGCCAAGUGCAACAACCACGGGGUGUGCAACCACAAACGUGAGUGUCACUGCGAGCCGGGCUGGGCAGCGCCCUACUGUGAGCAGAAGAUUUCAGGGAUGGGGGCAGGACCUCCAGUGGGCCCGCUGCCAGCCUCGCCAACCCACUCUUCCAGGAGGGCAGCCGGAUGCAACGCCCCCGCCGCCAGCUGUCCAGCCACGACAUCGGCCACCCCAACCUGCUCAGCAGCACAGCGGCCCCACGGGACGCCCGGCCGCUCGGGCCCUGCCACCUGGUCCCACAGGUCCCUCCUUGGCUUCCAGCGGGCUGUCCCCCUGAAGGUGGCCCUGAAGCCGCCCCUGGCCGGAAGGUGA